AUGGCACUGUCGAUUGAGCCCGCUGCAGCUCAGAUCCCAGCCGGUGGUGGCAAAUCAGCUCAUACGCUAGCUAAUGUUGGCGAAUCAAAGCUGAUUUUCAAAGUCAAGUGCUCGAAUAACAACGACUACAGACUGAAACCUGUUUUCGGAUUUGUCGACGCCGCAGGAAAUCUGCCGCUUGAAAUCACCAGAACGGCUGGUGCACCAAAAGAGGACAAGUUGGUGAUACAGUACGCUCAAGCUCCAGCUGAUGCGACAGACGCACAAGCCGCCUUUCCGUCUAUCGCAGCCGAUCAGAUCCAAUCGCUCACCGUCCCACUUUCGGCCACUUGAUUCAAUCAGAUAUUAUGAGGAAUUUUUGUCAGUUGGUGUAUUGUGAAAGAUAAAUAUUGGCCACUGGCCGCACGUGAA